UAUCAAGACAUGCUAUGCGAGCCCAUGGAGCUAAGAUAUGCUGUUGUAGACCUGUGAAAACGUGGGUGCCGGUCGCGACUUCCUCACUCAGCAAGCGAAGCGUGCCAUUGGAAAUUUCGCCUUCGCACACUCACUCACUUACACACAAUCUCUUUCACUCACUUUUCAAAAUCAAAAUCACUCUUCAACAUGCAUCCCAACGAACACCUUGCGGUGACAAUGGAUACGAUGCGCACCGAGGCUGACUUCGAGCUCUGGCGGCGGACUGCCGAAGCGCAGUAUGACAUCACGCCGUUCAUACGGAACGCGGACAUCACGGAUCAGAAGAUCCAGGAAAAGACUGCCGCGGUCGCAGCAGUGGAAGCGGAGGUCGAGUCCUUGCGGAAUGGUGAAAACCCUUUAAAGGUUAAACAAGCCCGGUUGAAAUUGCUUGUCGACUACAUGGGUAAGAUAGCCCGGGCCGUCAAGUUCGAGGGGAACCGACUCCACAGAGAGUACGAGCCUCACGCCCAGCUUUCCGCAUUGGAGCUCGAUGAACAAGUGCAGACGCAUAAUGAGACUAUGGAAGUUCUCCAUAGUAUCAUUGAUGGUACUGACACUGACAAGGUCAGUGACAUUGACGAGCUGCGGCUGGAAGCAGGUGGAACUGGGCUGAGAGCUCAAGCUCGUCAGUUUACCGACGUGAGUCGGUGGCUGGACAGUCACGGUGGACAUCAGGUUCUUGAGGCGAAGGCGGCGCAGAGUGACUCUGUCUCGUCUUUGCUAGAGACCGAGGGUGGUGUGGAUGCCCUCAAGAAGAAGGUGGCGCGGGUCGACGCCCUUGCCACCUUGAUGAAGGAUUACGACACUAAGGGCCUUGAGGAGAAGGCGGCCAUAGCUGAUGCUAUCGCUGCCUUGUUCAAAGACUAGGGAUGGAAGAUUACCGGACGAAGGUGGCGCAAGCCGAUGCUUUGGCUUCUUAGUAAAGAGGUCGGGUGAUGAGGGUGUCAAGAGAAUGGUGGUGCAUACUAAUGCCGUGGCUACUUUGGCCCAGAUGGAUG